AUGUCAGCCCCAGACACUUUCGGUUUACAGUUAGCCAAGUACACUAACGUCGCUGCAUCAGCAAUCCUAAUUUAUGACUACUUUGUCACCUUACAUUCUGAAGUCCGAUGGACUCGGGGACGGAAGUGGGGAAUCAUCCGGACUACCUUCACGAUUUCACGAUAUGCACCUUUUGCUGGUGCGCUCAUGACCUCGUACGCCGCUAUCAAGACAUGGGGCACGCAAGAUUGCGCACCUUUUAACGAUGCUAUAAAUGGCAUACACUUCUUGGGCAUCCUUGCCUCGGAAGGUUGGUUUUCGCAUUUCACGUUAAAGGUCUACGCCUUCUCUGGCAAUAAAAAGGCUUAUCUUAUCAUUCUUCUCUCCUUUGGCCAUCUUGGUGAUGAGGCAAGGUCUCGAAGCUCGCUUCUUAGUCUUAAUAUUCAUCUCCUUUCAGUCGGCCCCCCUUGCGUGUUGGAAGGGGCUCGUAGCAGUGCCCUCGGAUAUGGACUCUUGAUGUUUUUCGAGAUAGUUCUCAUGUCCACCACUGUAUUUCUGAGAUAUCGACACUAUCUAGGUUCUCAUAGCGCGCUGGUGAGGAGCAUCUAUCGUGACGGACUACUCUACAUGUUCUGCAUCAUGAUGAUAUCUAUGGUCAAUGUGAUCAUUAUCGCUGUGUUGCCUCUCUCUUACAGCGAAACGCUAAACGCACCUCAGAUUGUUGCGCACAGUGUUCUUGCUUCUCGAAUACUGUUCAAUCUUCAAGUGAGCAUGGAGCAACCACCCUGGCUCGCCGACCGAUCGGCGACCUCAAUGGAAUUACUAUCCCGUCUACAUACAUUCAAAGCGCGACCUGGAGGCAGUGAGACAGCUAGCCAGCCAGAUGAAGCUCAGACCUACUGA